UUGCCAUUGAUGGACAAGGUAGAGGGUGGCUGACAUUGUGUAUAGCGACAGAUGGGCUAGAGUUAAUAAUUGUUUCAACGUGCGUGUAUAAGGUAGAUGUAUGUAAUAAAAUAGCCAAUGAGUCCCUAAUAAACUAGCAACUCCCCAUAGUAUGGUCAAUAAAUCAUUACAUUUAACAUGUCAUCUGCUCAAACAGUAGGGCACUGCAGUAGUAAUGACUGGAAUUCCUGCUGACUAAGGAAAAUCCAUGGUUAAGCCUAUUGCUUGCUCUUUACCCCACGUAGGUCUAGACUAGCAGGCUGGAUAGCAGACGUGGCCCAAUUUCCUCAUCAAAAAUGUUCUCAGGAAGGUUGCCCUGGUCCCAUUAUAGAACCCUGUCUGACACUGGGAUUGAGUUCAUAUGAUGCUUGACGACCUACAUAUCCCAUGGCAGUUUAUGUAAUCAUCAUUCUUGCAGAAUGUAAAAGUAUGCAGUGAAUUGAGACCAAAUGACAACGUUGCAUUUCAUAUUUGAUCUGAACUUUUCUGAACAAUACUAAGCUUAUUCAGAGACUGAAUGCAUUGCCUUUGUGACUGCACAGUCACAACAUGACCUACCUUUAAAUGCAAGCAGAAUAUCACUGGUUGUAUAAGCAUGACAAUUGUAGGCUAUCGCCUCCUGUAUGUUAGUAUGAUAUUCGCGUCAAGGCUGCAGAACUGUACAGACAGGCCGGGGUGACCGAUUUAAUAUCCACCCAGACGCGCCAGUGUUACAACCGAAUUGUUUUGUAACAGUUUUAGUGACCCAUCCAAUGGGAAUAGCCGCUCGUGGCCACGUGAUGACGCUUUAUGUAAGGUUUUUUUUCUCAACUCCCAUCGGUAUCACUGAGCGAUGGAGCUAUUUGCGAGGCUCGCUGUGAGAGAAAGGCAACGAGCUGAAGAAGCUGAAGAAGCCGAGGGCAUGGAAACGUGUUCAGCGCCAACCGCCUCAGCAGAGGUUAGGAUAUCUUAGGGUGAGAGAGAAAAUAAAUAAACCCACGUGCGCUGCCAUGGGAACGGAGAGCGUGGACGGCAUGCUGGAGCUCGCGGCCGAGGCGUUCCAGGCGCGAAACUUCGAGCUGGCCGCGGACAUCUACGAGUGCCAGCUCUUGGGCUAUAGCGACCCGGCCGUGCAGCAGGAGCUGCUGGUGAGGAAAGCUGACGCGCUGGCUUUUGACGGAAAGCUGAGCGAGGCGUUCGAGACGUACCAGAGAGCAUCGGAGCUCAACCGCCUCCGGCCCGUGCAGCUGGAGAACCUCCUCCAGUGCCUCUCCGUGCUUUUACGGAGGAAGGACAGGCUCGCCGGCAGAAGCGACCAACCCCCCGCCGCGGAGGCCGUGACCGAACGCCUUGGGGACGACAGCACCUUCGCCUGCGGGAUUUGUUUCGGGUUUCUCUGUGAGCCUGUCACGCUGCUGUGCGGACAUAGUUUUUGUAAAAAGUGCCUGGAGAAGGAAACGACAGAGACUUGUUGCAAAGGCUCUGAGGACAUUUUGAAAGAGACGGGAGUGCACGAGUAUAAAGUGAACGUGGUUCUCAGCAACCUGCUGUCCAAGUGGUUCCCGUCUCAGCUAAAGGCUUUCAGACUGAGGCGAGAAGGCAACGGACUUUACGCGGAGAGGAAGCUGGAGGCUGCCUUAGAAAAAUACAACGAAGCAAUACACAUAGCUCCAAAGGACCACGUGUUGUACAGCAACCGUUCAAAGAUAAACUCCAGUCUGAAGAGAUUUGAGGAUGCACUCAGUGAUGCUAACAUGGCUUGUAAACUGAAACCUCUUUGGGAAAAGGGACACAUAAGAAAAGCACAGGCUCUUACUGCUCUGGGGAAACCUGAGGAAGCAUUAACAGAGUAUCUUAUCUCUGUUACUUUGAAUCCUGAAAGCAAACUAGCAAAAACUGAGGCACAGAAGUUGCUGAGUGAUCUCCUACAAUCAGUCAGAGAUCAUAUGCAAAAGAAAAUUCUUGAAGAUACAAGCUUGCUGUCUUCAAGGACAAGGGUAAAAGGUGUUCUCUCUUCAAGCACUGGUGGAUCUACCACUUUACCAAGGUCCAAGGACUACAAGACCUACAUCAACAAAAGUGUCACCCAGAGUGCCAUUUCAAGAGAUGCUUCAGCCACAAGUAUUGAUGAUCCAAGUGAAAGACAAACCUGCUGCAAGAGCAAAGGGGAGACUGAGGGAUCUGCCAGCAUCACUAACCGGAGCUUCUUCCUCAAGCGUAAACACAGUGUUGACAAGGAUGACACAACAAGUGAAGAUGGCACAAACAAGCGUUCUAAACCAGAUGAGCAGAGAAAGGUGGGAACAACAUGGGGCAGUGUGAUUGCUGAUCUGAUUGACCCAUCUGAUCUGGAGUGCUCACUAUGCAUGAGGCUCUUCUACGAGCCGGUGACUGCACCAUGUGGUCAUACUUUCUGUCUGAAAUGUCUGGAGCGAUGUUUGGACCACAAUCCUACAUGCCCUCUGUGCAAGGAAGACCUUUCAGAAUACUUGGCACAAGGGCAGUACAGUAAGACUAUUCUGAUGGAGGACAUCAUAUGCAAGUACUUUCCUGCAGAACUUGUAGACAGACAGAAGCUUAAUGAAGAGGAAAUUGCAGAACUAUCCAAUUUAAAUAAGAAUGUGCCUAUAUUUGUUUGCACCAUGGCCUUCCCCACGGUCCCUUGCCCACUGCAUAUCUUUGAGCCUUGCUAUCGGCUCAUGAUCCGGAGAUGCAUGGAAACGGGUACAAAACAAUUUGGAAUGUGCCUCAGCGACCCCAUCAAAGGGUUUACUGAUUAUGGCUGCAUGCUUGAGAUCAGAAAUUUGGAGUCCUUUGCUGAUGGGCGCUCUGUAGUGGACACCAUUGGGAGGAGGAGGUUCAAAGUAGUCCAACAUAGCCACAGGGAUGGAUACAAUACUGCAGACAUUGAGUACUUGGAGGAUAUUAAGGUAAACGGGGAUGCUGAAGCAGAGUUGCAAACACUCCAUGACCUGGUGUACGACCAAGCCUUGGUCUGGGUGAACUCUCUCAAAGCAGAACAGAAGGAGCGGAUAGAAGGCCACUUUGGACCUAUGCCAGAGAAGGAUUCUGAUCCACAGGCAAGUCCCAAUGGGCCAUCAUGGUGCUGGUGGCUUCUGGCAGUGCUUCCACUUGAAGGCCGAGCUCAGCUGCCCUUUCUGGCGCUCACGUCUCUUAAAGAUCGCCUGACCGGCAUCCGCCGAGUGCUUCUCCUGAUGGCACGCAAUCGCUCUCGGUGACUUCCCCCUUGCCUCGCUGCCUCUUUUCAUAGGCCUCUGCCUCAUAGUCCUCUCAUGACCAAAAUCUAUUAAGCCUUCUCUAUAUAUACAAAGUCCUCUGAUCAGGAAGAUAUGGGCUUCAAUUAAAUGGUAGUAUCAACUGAAGAUUUUGUCUGGCCUAUGCAGAUUAUGGAUCCUAGUUCUGGACCUGAUGGAUCACUUGAUGCAUUUCAGGACACUUAAAUUUUUCAUUCAUAUUUGUUUUUGGGCUAUUUUGUAUUUCUUUAUUAUUGUUAUUUAUAAAUGUGUGUGAUUUUGACACACUGUUUACUUUAAGACAAAGAUUACAUUUUGAACUGAUGUUUAGAAAUGUACAAAUACAAUUUGAACAACAUCAAAAAACCUAUAGAAACACUAACUAUUUGCAGAUUAAGUUGUACAUAUUCAAUAAUCACCUGAAUUUACCUCUUUGGUCUGUAAGAACUUUGGUGGUAAGAGCUUAAGUAAAUUUAUGAGUGAUGGUACAAACUUUAUAAUAUUUUCAAAUUCUUAAUAUGGAUACAUGCUUUGAUAAGGGACAUGGAGGCCUGCAAAAUAGAUUAUUACAGUAAAUGAGUAAUUGAUUUCAUAGA